UUCUCUUGUCAUAGUACGGAAAUUACUUAACGUUUAAAUGGAAAGAUUCGCGCAGUUCUAUUAGUUAGUACAUCCAUUUUAGUUGGCGCAGAGACUAUGGACUUUACAGAUGUGCUCGAGAAAUGCGGAAGUUUUGGACGUUUUCAAUAUGUGAUAUUACUGCUCUACGGAUACACAAAUAUACUUGGCUCGUUGCAUUACUUUUCGCAAACUCUCAUCACUUUUACUCCAGAACAUUGGUGCAAUCACGAUGAUCUGCAGCAUCUAAAUGUAUCUGAAGUGCGCUCGAUAUACGCAAAUAUAACUCCAGCUUCCUGCACACUGUUGGAGAGUGUGAUCAAUGGCACAGGAGUUACAGCCAAGGGUGGAGAAUGCAGAGAUUGGAUUUUUAAGCGAGAAUACGACUAUGAAAGCAUUACAACUGAGCUAAAAUGGGUCUGUGAUAAGUCACAUCACUCGACAGUGGGACAAUCAUUCUUCUUCAUCGGAUCAGUUGUGGGCACCAUCUUAUUUGGAUUUCUUGCAGAUCGCAUUGGACGAAUGCCGGCAUUACUCCUGACCACUUUAGCGGGAGCAUCGGGUGAUUUUAUGACCUCAUUUGUGUACAGUUUCCCAAUGUUCACGCUCUCAAGAUUCAUAUCUGGACUCUCCACCGAUACCAUGUACUAUUUAAUGUACAUUUUGGUUUUCGAGUACCUCAGUCCUAAGCAUCGCACAUUUGGCUUGAACAUCAUCCUCGCCGUCUUUUAUUGCUUUGGCCUGGUCACUUCGCCUUGGGCUGCUGUUUGGAUUGGCAACUGGCGACAUUAUCUCUGGAUAGCCUCGCUACCAGCACUUGGAGUUCUCGCAUAUCCGAUCUUCAUCUGCGAAAGUGCUCUGUGGCUACUGACAAGGCAGCGUUACGAUCGUGCUGUUCAGUGUCUCAAAUGGGUGGCCAAAUUCAAUGGACGCCAGGUUGACGAUUCUGUAUUCGAUGAGUUUAUCAAGCACUAUCGCGAUAAGGCCAACGAGGAGCAAAAGCUAACUACUCAUGAAGACACAUUCCUGGGAAUGUUCAGAACACCGCGUCUACGCAGAUUCACGCUCACGCUGCUGCUGAAAUCUGUCAUCAUAACACUCUCCUACGAUGUCAUCAAUCGCAAUAUGGAGGGUCUAGGCUUGUCGCCAUUUAAGCUGUUUUCCUUCACAUCGAUCAACUAUCUGCCAGCGGGUUGCACGAUCCUCUUGCUCCAGAAUGUCAUCGGUCGCAAGGGCAUGGCGUGUGGUGCACUUCUCAUAGGCGGCAUAAUUACCACUGUAACUGGCUUUUUGAUUGCCUUCUUAGACCCUAAAGAGAAUGCUGUUCUAUUGGCCAUAAUGAUUGGCCUGGGUCGCUAUGGUGUCAGUGUUUCGUAUGAUGCGGAAAUACAAUAUGCCGCCGAGAUAAUUCCAACCAGUGUUCGUGGCAGAGCAAUCUCAAAUAUUCAUGUCGUAGGCUUGGCAUCAAAUUCAUUGGUUUUCUAUGUGAUCUACUUGGCCAAGUACUACAAGCCUUUGCCAUCCAUUUUCAUAAGUUUCUUGAUGUUCUUUGGUGCUGGCUUAUGCCUUACAUUACCGGAAACUUUAAACAAGAAAUUGCCCGAAACGCUUGCAGAGGCGGAAUGCUUUGCCAAGGACGAACCAUGUUUCUACUUUACAACGCUCGAUAAAAGAGAUAAAAAUCCUAAAGCUUCCGCAUAGCUUUUAGAUUAAAGUAUUUUUCGUUGAACUAUCGAUAUUUAGUAGAAAAUAUAUACCAUGUAUGUAUUUUCAUCUCAACCAAUUCUUUUUUCCCGAUCAAAAAUGUGACUCAUUUAUGUAUAAGGAUUGAUGGAAUCUCUUAAAACCAAUCAUAUUUUUUAAUUUUGUAGAGACAAACACUUUUCAAUCCUGUUAGUUUAGUUUUAAUAUUCAUGUUAUU